AUGGAACCUAAAGCGUUGCCGGCUCGAACUACUGUCGGCAUUUCUUCACUGCUGGCGCUCACUUUUCAGAAGGUAAGCAUUUUGAAUUUCUCAUUGAAUCCAUUCUUCAAAGAAUCCAACGGCCUUGUCAUGGUUUGUGACUAG